UUUUUUCAAAAAGAAAAACUUAUUCUAAAGUUAUAUAAUAAGAAUAUAUAUUCCAUAACGAAUUUUAUUUGAUUCACUUCCUCAAAUUUCAGAUUAACAAUAACGAUAAAAAUUCAAUUGAGCUCUUGAAGAAAGAAUGCUGACGAUUUAAAAAAUGAAGGAAAUAAAAAUGGGAAAGAUUUAACAGAAAAGUAUAAAUUUCUAAAUAAUCUAAUUAAAAUAAUAAUUAAUAAUCUAAUAAAAUAUAAAUUUUAAAAUCAAAAUAUCAUUUAAUUUUUCAUUUUUUCGUUUAAAGUAAAUUAUAAUAUAUGUCUUUUAAAACAACUUAUAGAAAAAGAUGUACAUAAAUCGGAAAUAUAUUAUGGGCAAUAUGCCAUUCGAUGUAGUAUAUUUAAUAAUGAUGACUACAAUCAAAUUGUUACGAAUAGUAUUAUGAUGUUGAAAAGAAAGUAUAUAAUAUAGUCGAUCGUAACUAAACUCGAUGAUAAAUUAUCCAAUCAUUUCGCCGGUCCCUAUGUCGAGUCUGUCUAUCGUAGAACAAAUUUUCUAGGAUACCUUCAACUCUAUGCAUAUGUACAUAUGUGCAAAAGAAACACACUAUAUUUAUAGCUAGAGAUAAAUAUACAUCUUGGCGUUAUUCCAAAUUAUCAUACGUACGGGUCUGAAGCGAGUAACGGCCUAACCCUCGUAAUAGCAGCAGCGUGUUAGUGCUAUUAGUGACGUCUAUCGACGUUACAAUUGUAAAAAAAAAAAAAAAAAGAAAAGAAAAGGGAAAAAAACAAUAAAAAGUGAGUGAAAAACAUUGAAAAAUGUAAAAAAACUACGGAACAUACGUGUUAUCGAUAAAAAAACAUUUUGAACGAGUGUAUUCUUCACAGUGAUUGAUCAAAUUAUUAUAUUCUUAUCUAUAAUAUUCGUUUAAUAUGAAAUUAGAAGAUUCUUUUCUAUUUUGUAUUCUUGAAAUGGAGGAUGUGCUUGCGAACAUCGCGUUCAAGUAUUCUUAACAACGCUUAGGACAAAUUUAAUCUCACCCGUCUGCUGGUGCAAUUUGGGUGAACAUCGAUCAAAAUGCAUCACAUGUAUUCCUCGAAAAAAGGAGAUCCCCUUUGCCCCCUUGGUUUUCAUCCCCAAGUGCGAUGGCCGACCCGUUGUAAAAGAUGCUUUAGAGAUUAUAAAGAACAUGGGGGCAAGAAAGAUAAUUUGAGAGACAUUACAUCGUCGUCACCUAGUCUAUCAUUUGACCAAUUUUCAAGCAGAUCUGCUGAAAAUGGAAAGCGCGGUUGGUCCUCGGCAACAAAUUUGGCAAAGGAUGACUCUAAAGGAAACUCGGAGUCAUCGUACGCAUCAGCCGGUUGGACUUCGCUCAUGGAUCUCUCAGCUAUCGACAACGAAGAAGAGAGAUUAGAAGAUAGGAGGCCAACUAAACUACAGAUUAAAGAAGUCAUAGAUAACAGUAAUGAAAGCGCUUCAGAAAAUGAUGUCGAGUUCAUAAUUCAGGUGAAGAAGUCGAAGAUUGGUUCUUCGAAAAACAGGGAAAAGAAUGGAGAAAGACGAAUGGAAAACGAAGAAUGGACGGAAAAAAGUGAAGUAGAACAAUUGAGAACACAAAUAAGAGAAUUGCAAUCACGAUGCGAGAGAUUGGAAAAGGAGAAAAGCGAAAUUUUGAUGAGGCGACUGUCGACCAUGGAAAGUAUAUCGAGCAAAGCUUCGCCAAAUGAAAUACAGAAAUUGCAAAAGAAGAAUGAAGCGCUCGUACAAGAAAAGAACAAUUUAUUGAUCAAGAUAAGAGAGCUUGAAAAAGAAGCGAAUUCAAAGAUGUUCAGAGGAGAACGAGAUCGUGAAAAGGAUGAAUUACGUUCGAAAUUGAAAGCCGCGGAAAAUUUAUGCGAGAAUUUAAUGGAUGAAAAUGAAGAUAUGAAGAAGGAAAUUCGGCAAUUGGAGGAAGAGAUAUACGAACUGCAAGAUACUUUUAGGGACGAACAAGCAGACGAGCAAGUUCGUUUGCGAAAAAGUUUGGAACAAUCGAAUAAGAAUUGUCGAAUCUUGUCAUUUAAACUGAGAAAAGUUGAACGAAAAGUGGAGGAGCUAGAGAAUGAAAAAUCUACCCUGGAACAAAAAUAUGAAGAGGUAAAAAAAAUUGAAGAAACGUUACAAAAAAUAAAAGGCGAAUUUCAAAAUAGAACUCUGAAGAAAGCAACAGAAUUUACAACCAAAAUACAACUGAAAAAAAUGGUAGACGAAAUGGAAAAAGAAAUAGGAGAUAUGAUGAGUAUAUUUAAAAAUAUUUCUGAUGGGAAAGAUGUGAACAUUCAAGAUAUUAAAUUGAAGGAUAAUCAUGUAAAAUAUGAGAAACUUUUAAAGGAGCACGAAUCGCUAAAGGAGAAAUUUGAUUCUGUUGUGAAAGAAUUAUCAGAUGAGAAAGAAAAGAAAAAAACGCAAAUGAGUGGUAAGAUCGAGGAUAAAAGUACAGAUUUGCAGAAUUUGAAAAAAAAAUUGGACGAAGCUGUAACAUUGAGAGAGAACGAAAGAAAGGCAUGGGACCAAGAUAAAACAGCAUUGUUAGAGGAAAAAGAGAAGCUAAAAUCGAAGCUCCUCUCUCUAUCUGCGGAAAAACUUAAAGUAUACAAUGAAACUGUACAAUUGAAAAAGGAUUUAGAAACGGUUAAAUCAUCGGAAAAUGAAAUGAUAAAGAUGGAAAAAACAAUAACUGAGUUGAAGAAAGAAUUAAAUCAAGAACGAGAAAAAUCGAAGAAGAUGCAAGAUGAUUUAUCAACAUAUACGGAACGGGAAUCGAAAAUGACACAAUCAAUGAAAUCAAUAGAACAAACGAAAAUCAAACUCGAUACUGAAGUAAAACGUUUAAAGAAGGAAUUGGAAACCACAACGUCAUUAAAUUCCACGAAAAUGAGUGAUUUAACUACAAAGAUUUCAGAAUUAAAGAAAGAAAAAGAGAAAUUGUUAUCUGAAAUUGAUCAAGAGAAACAAUCGAAUGAGACUGAAGUAUCUACUUUGAAAAAGAAAAUUAAUUCAUUGGAAAAAACAGGAUUGAACGCGAAACGGAUGAAUGAAAUGAAGCAAACAUAUAAUGAAAAGAUUUUAAUGACUUAUAUUUUAGAUUUGGAGAACAAGAUAAAAAAAGGCGAAUCAGAGUAUGAUAAUUUGAACAGAAAGUACAAUGAAUUGACGAAUUUGAAAAAUCAGUUCGAAUCGGAUAACGAAUCAUUGAAUAGUAAAUUACGAGAACAAAAUACAGAAUUGAUAAGUAUUCGUAAAGAAUUAGAAUUAUUGAGGCAAUCGAUAAAAUUAAAAGAAAGUGAAUGGCGAUCGGAGAAAUCAACUCUAGAAAAUCGUAUACGAGAAAGUGAAUUGCCAAACAAAGCUUUGAUAACAGAUUUAAAUAAUGAUAUAAGCAAUUUGAAAAAGGAAAACAAUACAUUAGUAACUCGAUUAGAAGAUUUAAGAAAAGCGAACGAUGAUCUCUCUAACAAGCUAAAAGAUUACGAAGCAGUAUCGAAGAUCCACCAAGUUUUGACACCGGACACUACAGCCUUGGAGUCAGAAAUACGAAAGUUGAAAAAUGCCCUUGAAAACAUGGAAAAGGCGAAGAAAGCUGACUUAGCUCAAUGUAAAAUGCGUUACGAACAUAGGAUCACUGCUAUUAACGAUGAAAUUCAAGCUAUUCAAAAUCAAUUAUCUAGAUACAAACGCGAGCGUGAUACCUACAAACAUAUGUUGGAAGGUGCUCAAAAAACUAUUGCAGAAUUAAAGUCAGCUAAAGGUAAACAAUCGAAUGCAUCUUCCGGAAAAUCUGAUGAGGAAGAGGAAAUGUCUGGCGUCAAUACGUUGGUUUUGGAAAGGCAAAUUAAUAGUUUGGAAGAUGAACUUUCAGAAACAAGAUUAGAGGCAUCUAGAUUAAAAGCCGAAUUAGUGUCAGAAAAAUCAGCAAGUCACGUUAAAGUGUCUGAAUUGCAAUCGCGGAUUAACGAGCUUGAAGAAGAGAGAGUGCUUUCUAGUGGUAGAACAAAGAUUCCAGGAUUAAAAGUUCGAAUGGAGUUAGCAUGGCAAAAAGAGAGAGAGGAACAUCAGAGAUUGCUACAGGAAACGGCUACACUGGCGAGAGAUUUACGACAAACUUUAUUUGAAAUUGAGAGGGAACGUUCCAAAGAACGAUUGGAGAAUAAAAGACGACAAGAUCAAUUGAAGAAAGUGUAUGAUGAAGAAAAAGAAGAAAGUAAGAAGAAAUUGUUAGAGUUGCAAUGCGAUUUGCUUGAAUUAAGAGACGCUCAUGCAAAAUUGAGAACCAGCAAUGAAAAAAUGAGACGUGAAAAAGAACGACAUGAGAAGGAAAGAGAAGAACUUAAAGAUAUAAUUUUGAAGAAAUGUAAACAAGAACAGAUUGAAUUAAAAAAUAUUAAUGUGUUGAUGCAACAAGUCAAUGAUUUAAUGAAACUUUUCCCUGAAUUGAACGGUAUUACAGAAAAUGGAACUGCGAAUACUUAUACACCGACUCCACCUAGACGACUAAAGGGACCAAAAUCGAGGGAGUCAUCACCAAUGUUGGAUGCAAAAAGUGAUAUAAGAGGUUCAAAUUCUCAACUUGGUGAGCGAACAGAAAAAUUAGAAUAUACUGUUAAAAAAUUAAUGGAUGUGGCAAAAGAACUAAAAGAAUCAAAGAAAACAACGGAUGAAGUAAACGCAACGCGAUUAAAAAAACUUGGCAAAAGAUCGACAUCUGUGGAAAGUGAUCCAGGAAAAGGUAUAACAACAUCUCGUUCAAAACCACGAUUAAAGAGAAAAAGUCUAUCUUUGGAACAAACAUCAGCACGAAAUGAAGAAUCACGCAUUUGGGGCACCGAUAGUAAUAUGUCUAGUUUGCAAUCAUUAGAAGGUUCAGAUGUUGAAGGACGAACGUUGAGUUUACAAAGAGAUUCUAGUGUUGAUAGUCGUCUUUCUACGGGUUCUACAAAGAGCGAAAUGUUGGAUCGAGAAAAAAAGCAUGGUAAAGGUAUAAUAAAAAAAAUUACAACCAAAUUGACUAAAUCAGCCAGUAUUGAUGAUCCAAAUAUUUCUAUGGAUCAUUCUCUUCAGACAUCAGGAUCCGAGACAAGUAUCAAUGAAAAGACUAGAGAUGAAAAGAAAAACUUAAAGAAAAAGUUAACAGAUAUGUUCAAAAGAGGUUCAAGAAGUGGCAGUAUAGAGAAGAAGAUAAGCUCUAAUAAUAGUAGACCAGAAUCAAGAAAUUCCACAACUUCGAACAAAUGAUUCAGACAUAAAUUCUAAAAUAUAGCAUUGAUACUAUACAUUUAAAUGUAUAAUGAUUCUGACGACAAAUAAUUUUAAAUUACCACCAAUAAUAUGAAAAUAAGGGAUUUCUCAAUAAUGUGUGAUUAAAAUAUAUACAAAAAAAUAUAAUUUUGUAUACAUAUAUAUCGGAUAUCCCUUUACUAUUUUAAUCUCAAAUUUACACAAGCAUUUUCAAAUAUUAUAUUGUAUAUAAAUAAAUAUAUAUACAAGGCACCAUACGAAACUGCAAAUAAAAGAACUUAUUAUAAAUAAUAGUACAUACAGUUUUUCCAUUAACGUCUUCUUUGCUAAUUCCUUUAUUAUUGUUCCAUUUUCUUGUGUCACGAAUCACGCUUUUCUUUUUUCGAUUUUCGUUUAUGUUUCGAACUUUUAUGUUCUUUGUGUUUAUGUUUUUUCUUCUCUUUCUUUGUUUUUUUCAUUUUUUCUCGUUCUAUCCAUACACCAGAAAUUUUUGAGUCCAUUUUGGGUUUUGGUAUUACAACACUUUUAAAUAUAGGUUUUGAAAAUUGUGAACUGGAUGCUUCUGGUACUUCGUUUUUAUUUUUCAGUAAUCUUGAAGGAAGAGCAGGUCCAUACAUAUCAGAUAAUAAUUGAGUUUCUGAAUUUAAUUUAUUAUCAUCUUGUUUCGAUUUAAUUUCUAAUUCGGAAUUUGUUGUAUUUAUAUUUUCUUCUUUAUUAAUUCCUUCAUUUGAUUGUAUACUACUUCUUGAAUUAGUGACUAAACUAUCAAGAUCAACUUUUGCAAAAAUUCCCCUUGGUGGAGAAGUAUUUCUAUUUAGAUUUAUUUCGCUUGGAACUUUACCAAUUAAAACAGACUUUACAGCCUCGCUAUCUACACUUUCUUCUAAUUCGGAAUCCGAUUCUUCACUACUGCUUAAAAAAAUUGCCUUAAAUAGAUCUUUCUUUUCUUUUGAUGUACUUUUUAAGGUAAUAUUUAUUGCAGAAUUUAUUUCUUUCUGAUCUUUAUCUUGUUGAUCUGUAAUCUCUGUUACUCUUUUUGCGUCAGAUUUAUCAUCUACAUUUUGUUCAUUUUCUAACAUUUUGGAAGAUGUUUCUGGCAUUUCUUUUCCAAAAACUUUUUCAUAAGAAACUUCAAAGUUUCUCAUUUUUUCUGAUAUAGGUUCGAAAGUUUGAUCAUUAUCAAAAGAUUUAUUAUCAUUUGUCUUAACAUUCAAGUUUGUAUUGUUAAUGAUGUUUUUAUCUUUUGGCGAUAUAUCAAUUUCGUUUGAUUCUUUCGAUGCUCGUAAAAAUUUUGUAGAAUUAUUCCAAUCAAAAGAAUCAAAAAUUGAAAACUUUCUUGAUUUUUUCUGAAUCUCAGGGGCACAACCGAUUUUUGGUUCAGGAAUGUUAAAUCUUUUACAUACUAUGCUUGCUGGUUUCCAUUCUAUGCGCUCUCGAGUUAAUUUUCCAAACAUUUUCAUUUUUACAGCUUGUUUCAUUUCAUCUUCCUGAUUAAAUGUUGUAGAAACAUCUAUAUUUUUGGAAUCACAUUUAUUUUCAACAUGAUCAUACGUUGGUUGAUCAACUAAUUUAAUUGCUUGUUCAAAUUCAACUCGUUCAUGUUCUCUAUCCCAUUCUGUCAUAGAUAAUGAUUGUAUACUUUCAAGCUUAUUUUUUUCUCCCUGUCUUAUAAAAACUAAAUAUUGUUCAAAACGUCUUUGUUUAUCAGGAUCAGAAAAAAAAGAUUUCAUGUUGCUAUUUUUUAUAGAAUUAUUUUUAUCUAACUCAUUAGUAUUUGUAUUUGUUUGUUCAGAAGUUGAUGAAUCUUUAAAUUCUUUUAAUUCUUUCAAAUUUUUCUCUAAAUCUUUACCAGGACCAAUAAUACCUCCUUUAACAAAACUUUGUACAUUUAAUUUUUCCAUCCAUGAAAUAGCUAGUUUACAUCCUUGAUUUUUUUCUUUCUGUCUUUCUUCAAUUUGUUGUUUUCCGUGUAAAUUUAACGUUUUAGAAAUAAUAUUGGAAGCAACUGAUGGUACUGAAUUUGGAUAUAUUUCAGAUGGUUUUUUCACACUACAAGUAUCUUCCAAUAUUUUAGCUCUGUCCGCAGCUGUUAAAUCUUUUCGCUUUCCAUUCUCAAUUGCACGAUGAACAUUUUCAAUUGGAGGAUAAAAUCGACUUUUUCUAAUUAUAUGCACUGGUACAAAAUCCUUUGGUAAUACUGGAGGUUGAAAAAUUGUUUUUAGUUUUAAUUUAUCUUUUGCUAAUAUAAAACCUUCUAAACAAUUACUACUUAAAUUUUUUGAAUUAUCAUCAGACCAUCUUGUCUUGGAUUUCCGUUCUGGAGCUAGAGAAAAAUCGUAACGUGACAUAUCUUCUCUUUCAUAUAUAUCAUCAUCAUCAGCUUCGAAUGCACCAACUCCAAAUGCUUGUCCAUGUAUUGACAAUUUUUUAUUUUUGUCUUGCAUAUUAAAUGCUGGAGUAUCAAAUAAAUUUACAUGACCAGAUAAUAUUGUUCUUCUGUCUAAACCACUGUAUCCUAUACCAAAAUAAUUAUCUUUUGGAUUACAUCU